AUGCCUAAACAAGCUGAUGAAUGUUCUAGAUUCAAGAGAAACUGGAAUGGUCUGGUCAUUUACCAGAACUCACUGAAGCAAACCCUUGCGACAUCUCCAGACACUUCCACCAGCACAGGCAGAAAGCCCAGGGCCCUCCCCCCAGGUGCAGCCUGCAGUAUGGACUCCCACGGGUACAACUGCUUUGUGGACAGAGACAAGAUGGACACUGCCAUCCAGGACCUGGGACCCAAGGAGCUGAGCUGCACUGAGCUGCAAGACCUGAAGCAGCUGGCCCGCCAGGGUUACUGGGCCAACAGCCACGCUCUGCGGGGGAAGGUGUACCAGCGCCUGAUCCGGGACAUCCCCUGCCGCACGGUCACGCCCGAUGCCAGCGUGUACAGUGACAUUGUGGGCAAGAUUGUGGGCAAGCACAGCAGCAGCACCCUGCCCUUGCCUGAGUUUGUCGACAACACGCAAGUGCCCAGCUACUGCCUGAACACACGGGGCGAGGGUGCUGUGCGGAAGAUCCUGCUGUGCAUCGCCAACCAGUUCCCCGACAUCUCCUUCUGCCCCGCUCUGCCGGCGGUGGUGGCCCUGCUGCUGCACUACAGCAUCGACGAAGCCGAGUGCUUCGAGAAGACCUGCCGCAUCCUGGCUUGCAACGACCCCAGCAAGAAGCUGAUCGACCAGAGCUUUCUGGCCUUUGAGUCUUCCUGCAUGACCUUUGGGGACCUGGUGAACAAGUACUGUCAGGCAGCCCACAAGCUGAUGGUGGCCGUGUCGGAGGACGUCCUGCAGGUCUACGCGGACUGGCAGCGCUGGCUGUUCGGGGAGCUUCCCCUCAGCUACUUCGCGCGUGUCUUCGAUGUCUUCCUAGUGGAAGGCUACAAGGUGUUGUACCGCGUUGCACUGGCAAUCCUCAAGUUCUUCCACAAGGUGAGAGCUGGACAGCCACUGGAGUCGGAUAACGUGAAGGAGGACAUCCGCGCUUUCGUCAAGGACAUCGCCAAGACCGUGUCUCCUGAGAAGCUGCUGGAGAAAGCAUUCGCCAUCCGCCUCUUCUCUCGGAAGGAGAUUCAGCUUCUGCAGAUGGCCAACGAGAAAGCUCUGAAGCAGAAGGGCAUCACCGUCAAGCAGAAGAGGCAGUUUGUGCACUUGGCUGUUCACGCGGAGAACUUUCACUCGGAGAUUGUCAGUGUGAAGGAGAUGAGAGAUAUCUGGUCCUGGAUCCCUGAGCGAUUCGCCCUCUGUCAGCCCCUCCUGCUCUUCUCCUCACUGCAGCAUGGGUACAGCCUGAGUAGGUUCUAUUUCCAGUGUGAAGGACACGAGCCCACCCUCCUGCUCAUUAAGACCACACAAAAGGAGGUGUGUGGAGCUUACCUGUCAACAGACUGGAGCGAGAGAAAUAAGUUUGGAGGCAAACUGUGCUUCUUUGGGACCGGAGAAUGCUUUGUGUUUAGGCUGCAGCCGGAGGUCCAGCGCUACGAGUGGGUGGUCAUCAAACACCCAGAGCUGACUAAGCCAAUGUCCUUGGAGAGCACUGCCGCUGCGUCCCGGCACUGCCACGCCAUGUCCUUGUCCUCAUCCUCAGACCCCGCUGACCGCCUCUCACCGUUCCUGGCCACUCGGCACUUCAACCUGCCCUCCAAGACUGAGUCCAUGUUCAUGGCUGGGGGCUGUGACUGCCUCAUCAUCGGUGGAGGGGGCGGCCAGGCUCUCUACAUCGACGGGGACCUGAAUCGGGGCCGCACGGGCCACUGCGACACUUUCAACAACCAGCCCCUCUGCUCUGAGAACUUCCUCAUCGCUGCCGUGGAGGCCUGGGGCUUCCAGGACCCCGACACCUGCUGA